AUGCCUGUUUCUCGACAUUCAUUUCGUCGUGUUAUUGGUGAUAUUGUUAAUCGUCAUAAUAUUAAAAAUGAUUCAACAAAUAGAUAUUUUAGAAAUAGUAGUCGAUCAAGUCAAAAAAGUGAUCGAAAUUCUAUGAUUAGCAAUGAUUCAUUAUCGACAUCUCAAACAUUUUAUGAACGAUUACAUAAAUGUGAAAAAGAAGUUUAUAAAUCAUUAAGUUAUCUUGAUCAAGUUUUAACACAUAAUAAACUUGAAAUAUUAGCAAAUAUAGUAACAUCAUUAAUUGAAAAUAUUUUUGAUAUUGAUUCUAUAUUAAAAGGAAUAUUUGAACAUCAACCAGAAUCAUUUCGAACAAAUCUUCUUACUGAUGUUUAUUCUUUAUUAGCUGAUUUAAUUGAAUGGUCUGAUAAAUUUGUUUUUUCAAAAACAAAUACUGAUAAUAUAUAUAGAAAAAUUGCAAAAGAUCUUCUACAAGCUGUUCAAAUUUGCAUUACUUCAGCAAUACAAACACGUUCUGAUUCAUAUCAAAGUAUUCAAUCAAUCAACAAUUCUAUCGACAAUUUCCUUCCAACUCUUCCUUUCAAACGAGAAAAACGUUCAGUGAGUUCAUCAGCUUCAAUCCUAUCUAAUCAAUCUCGAAAUACAACAAAUUCAAAUUCUUUCCUAUUUUCAUCAUCACAAGAACAAAAUAAUGAUGAAUGUAUUCAAUUAAUUGUUGAUGAUAUUAAUCAAAUUGUUGAAAAAUAUACUCGUGAACUUGAUGAUGCUUUACGUUCAAAAACAACAUUUCGUUCACCAUCAAUCAAUUAUCUAUCUCAACAAAAUCAAUCAUCUAUAUCAUCAUGUCGUCAUAAUAGUAUUGAUGUUUUAUAUGAAACAAAAUAUUCACUUGAAAAAAAUUCUUUAAGUCAACAGAAUAUAUUUGUUGACAAUCAGGCAUAUCGAAAGAUAAAUACAACAACUGAUCCACCACCAUUACCACCAAAACGACAUAUAGCUCGAGCAUAUAUGUCUCUAUUCGAUCGAUAUGAUCAAAAUGAAGCAGAAUUAUUUCUUCGUGAUACAUGUUUUAUUUCUACAUCACAACAUCGUUUUGAAGAUUUUUUUGAACAAAUUCAUCAACAUUUUUCACAUGCACAAAUAUUUUCAAAUAGUGAUGAAUGUUUGAAAAAUAAAGAAGAAAUAAUGAAAAGUGUUCAUUAUAAAUCUUCUAAAGAUAAUAUUUCAAUAGAUCGUUUAAAUAUACAUGAUGAUAAUAUUAAUAAUGAAAAAAAUCAAUAUACGAAUGAUUUAUUUCUUGAAAAUAUAUCUCAUUUACUUGUUUUUAAUCUGAGCGAAGAUCCUCCAUUACGUGGUGGUUCUAUUGAUGCAUUGAUUAUUCGAGCAACAUCACCUGAUAAAAAAGAUUUUCUCUAUCAAGAAGCAUUUUUAACUACAUAUCGUACAUUUAUUUCUCCGAGUGAUCUUGUUGAAAAACUUAUUCAACGUUAUACAUACUUUGCUAAAUUUGAAAAUAAGAAAAAGAUUGCUCGAUAUGCAUUUUCACUUCUUAUGCGUGUUAUCGAUGAAAUCGAUAAUGAAUUAUCUGAAAAUCUAAUUAAAAAAAUUUCACAUUUUGUUGCAACUUUAAUUCGUCGUGGUGAACUUCAAUUAGGUAAAUUAUUAAGACGAAAAUCACUUGAAAGUUAUGCUAAAUUACAAUCAAAAUCUGAACAAUUACAACAAGAUGUUGUUCUUAUUCAAAAUUCAAUUUCAUCAAAACGAGCAAUAUUACUUGAUUUUCAUUCAAUUGAUAUAAGUGAACAAUUAACAUUACUUGAUUCAGAAUUAUUUCUUAAAAUUCAAUUAUCUGAAAUUUUAUAUAUGUCUAUUGAAAAAGGCGAAGAAUAUUCACCAAAUUUAGCAGCAUUUACUGAACAUUUUAAUAAUAUAUCUUAUUGGGUACGAUCUCGUAUACUCGAACGAAAUUCUCAACGACAACGUGAAAAUUAUUUUGAAAAAUUUCUUAAAAUUUUAAAACAUUUACGACGAUUAAAUAAUUUUAAUUCUUAUUUGGCUAUACUUUCGGCACUUGAUUGUGGACCAUUAAAACGAUUAACUUGGUCAAAAAAUAUAACCGAUGCCAUUUCUGAACAUACUGGACUUAUUGAUAGUACUGGUUCAUUUAAAAAUUAUCGUGAAGCAUUAAAUGCAUCAGUUGGUCAACCAUGUAUUCCUUAUAUUGGUUUAAUUUUAUCUGAUUUAACUUUUGUUCAUAUUGGUAAUUCAGAUAAUUUACAAGAUGAUCGAAUAAUUAAUUUUUGGAAACGAUGGCAACAAUUUACAAUAUUACAUAAACUUCGUUAUUGUCGAAAAUGGGAAUAUAAAUUUGUUCGUAAUGAUCGUAUUUUAUAUUUUUUUAAUAAUUUUGAUGAUUAUAUGAAUGAAGAAGCACAAUGGAUACAAUCAGAAAAGAUUAAACCACGACAAAAAAUUAAUCCUUAUGCAUAA